CAAUCUGUCAAACUAAGGGAUAUGGUGAAGCUGAAGGGCCAACCCCCCAUCAGUGGAUAAAAUCGGUUACAGAAACAACCAUAGAAGCAAAUCCUCUUACUCGUCAAAGACUAGAGAUAGAGGUAAACCAAACCUCCCAAACACGAGUUCAACGAAUGACGCGAAAGCCGAGAAAGUUGUUCUCACCAAAACAUCCAACAAGAAUUGCGUGCUGGAACAUCCGCACGCUAUAUCAAAGUGGUAAGUGUGUCCAAGUAGCUAAAGAAAUGGAUAGAUACAACAUUGAAAUACUAGGCUUAAGUGAAGUUAGAUGGAACACAUCUGGUAUAACAACAAUAAGCACAGGGCACACCAUCGUAUAUUCGGGAAAUCCAAACAUAAAUGAUCCACAUGAGAAAGAAGUUGGAUUUUUACUCAACAGAACAUCAAAGAAAGCACUGUUAGAGUGGAAUCCUGUUUCACAAAGAAUAAUUACAGCAAGAUUCGACACAAAAUUCCAGAAAACCACCAUCAUACAAGUCUAUGCUCCAACUAAUGAGGCUGAAGAAUCUGAAAAGGAUGAUUUCUACAAUGCAUUGCAAUCCACAGUAGAUAAAACACCAAAGCGUGACAUCCUUAUCAUCAUGGGUGACCUAAAUGCAAAGGUAGGAUCAGAUAGAGUAGGGAGGGAGACAGAGAUUGGAACACAUGGAAUAGGAAAUAUGAACGAAAAUGGAGAGUUAUUUGCAGACUUCUGUGCAGUCAAUAAAUUAAUGAUAGGAGGAACAUUCUUCCCACACAAAACAUGCCACAAGAUCACAUGGGUAUCACCAGCAGGAAAUGCAGAGAACCAAAUAGACCACAUUGCUAUAUCACACAGAUGGAGAUCAUCACUGCAAGAUGUUAGAAACAAAAGAGGUGCCGAUGCUAAUGGCUACCAUCAAACUAAAGCUGCUAUCAAAGAAAAAAACAGAACCAAAGAGGAAAAAGUUAAAUGUUGCAAAACUAAAGGAACCCUCUACAAAACAAAACUACCAAAUAACCUUACAAAACAGAUUCUCUGUUUUAUCGAUCGAAGAGGAAGACCAUGA